AAAAAAAAAACUUCCUUUAUUUCUUCCUUGUGUUUGCGUUCAUAUAAAUAAGCACUACUAUCUCUCUCUCUCUCUCUCUCAUUGUGGAAGCUCCCACUUAUAAAAACUGGUUUUUGCAUUGUUGGGAGCUCUCAGCUCUAUACUACAGGAAUGGCUGGGACAAGAUUUAUCCAAUGGUUGAAUCUUCUAGUAUUUGCACUUGUAAUGCUCAAAACAGAAGGUGUUGAUGUAGGAAUUACUUUUGUCCAGGGUGCAGUGGCAAAAGGAGCUGUUUGUCUGGAUGGAAGUCCUCCAGCUUAUCACUGGGAUAAGGGAUUUGGUGCAGGAAUUAACAAUUGGUUGGUUCACUUUGAGGGAGGUGGAUGGUGCAACAAUGUGACCACUUGCCGUUCCCGUACAAAGACUCGUUUAGGUUCAUCUAAGCUUAUGGACAAGGAAAUUGCCUUCUCUGGGAUUCUGAGUAGAUUCCAAAAGUUUAAUCCUGACUUCUACAAUUGGAACAGAAUUAAGGUUAGAUACUGUGAUGGGGCAUCAUUUACCGGUGAUGUGGCUGCAAUCAAUCCAGCUAAUAAUCUUCACUUCAGAGGAGCAAGGGUUUGGCGUGCUGUAAUUGAGGACCUAUUAUCAAAAGGAAUGAAAGAUGCAAAAAAUGCUAUCCUCUCUGGUUGUUCGGCUGGUGGAUUGACUUCUAUUUUGCAUUGUGAUAGCUUCCGAUCUCUUGUACCUGUUGGUGCUAAAGUUAAAUGCCUAGCAGAUGCUGGUUACUUCAUCAAUGUGAAUGAUGUUUCUGGAGCACAACACAUUCAAGAAUUCUACAGUCAAGUGGUUGCAACACAUGGUUCAGCAAAGAAUUUGCCUUCAUCAUGCACUUCAAAAAUGAGACCAGGGUUGUGUUUCUUUCCCCAAAAUAUGGCAGAGCAUAUUCAAACACCAAUCUUUUUCGUAAAUGCAGCCUAUGAUUCAUGGCAGAUAAAAAACAUUUUGGCACCAGGCGUAGCUGAUCCCCAUGGCACCUGGCAUGACUGCAAACUUAAUGUAAAGAAAUGCUCACCCAAUCAAAUUAAAACCAUGCAAGAUUUUAGGCUGCAAUUCUUAAGUGCAUUGAGUAAAGCUGGCACCUCUUCAUCUAAGGGACUAUUUAUUGACUCUUGUUAUGCCCACUGCCAAACCGAAAUGCAGGAGACAUGGUUAAGGGAUGAUUCUCCAGUGCUGGGUAAAACGACAAUUUCAAAGGCAGUUGGAGACUGGUAUUAUGACCGAAGUCCCUUCCAAAAGAUAGAUUGCCCUUACCCUUGCAACCCCACUUGCCACAACCGUAUUUUCGAUCCAAAAGAACAUCCAGAACUAUAGAUUUAUGUCAAAAUUUAUCAUUUCUAUGAAUGAUAGUUAUAGGUAAAAUGAGCUUGAAUAAGAAAAAAUGAAAAGAAAAUUAAUGAUUUAUCAAGACUUCGAAAUAAGCAGAUGGCACCACUGCACCAAAUUGUGUGCUGGGUGUCUUUUCCUAUUGUUUGUGUAUUCAAUAUUUACUCAAGAUAAAAAAGAAAAGAAAUCAACACAUUCGGUGUUGAUUCUAUUAUGAGCAUUUAUAUCAUGUUGUAUAAGAAUUCUAUUAUGAGCAUCUAUAUCAUAUGGUAAAAGAAUUCUACUCUGAGCA